AUGAUCUCUUUGGUAUUGUUUGUGUUCCUCACGUUCUUGUUCACCUUCUCAUGGGUGAAACAGUUGGGAAAGCCUUCUGCAGAAAAGAGACUGCUACCUCCAGGGCCAAGGAAACUACCCUUCAUCGGCAACCUGCACCAGCUGGGAGCAUUGCCCCAUCGAUCCCUUCAACACCUUUCACGUAAGCAUGGACCUCUCAUGUUCUUGCAGCUGGGUUCCAUACCCACCGUGAUAGUCUCUUCUGCUGACAUGGCUAAAGAGAUCUUCAAAAACUAUGAUUCAGUUUUCUCUGGAAAGCCUCUACUACGCGCUGCGAACCGCUUAGGAUACGGUUCAAGCGUGAGCUUUGCACCGUACGGUGAGUACUGGAGGGAAAUGAGGAAAAUCAUGAUGUUAGAGUUACUGAGUCCUAAAAGGGUUCAAUCGUUUGAAGUUGUGAGGUUUGAAGAGGUAAAACUUCUGCUUCAGUCUAUUGCUCUCUCUCCUGGUCCUGUCAACCUGAGUGAACUGACACUUUCGUUGACUAACAACGUUGUUUGUCGCAUUGCUUUCGGGAAAAGGAACAGGGGUGGUGCAGAUGAUGCAAAUAAGCUUGAGAAAGUGAUUAAGGAGCAUGUUGAUCACUCUUCAGAGAGGACAGGAGCAGAGCAUGAAGAUAUUGUGGAUGUGCUUCUUCGAGUUCAGAAGGAUCCGAAUCAAGCCAUUGCCAUUACUGACCACCAAAUCAAGGGUGUACUAGUGGACAUCUUUGUAGCAGGAACUGAUACUGCUUCAGCCACAAUGAUAUGGACAAUGUCUGAGUUGCUUAGGAACCCGAAAACAAUGAAAAGAGCACAAGAAGAAGUAAGAGAAAUUAUGAAGGGAAAAGAAAUGGUAGAAGAGAUUGACCUCUCAAAGCUCUUGUACCUCAAGUCAGUUGUGAAAGAGGCACUGAGACUCCAUCCUCCUGCGCCAUUGCUUGUGCCAAGAGAGACCACAGAGGCUUGCAUGAUCAAAGGGUUUGAAAUCCCUGCCAAAACGCGGGUGCUUGUUAAUGCAAAAUCAAUAGCAAUGGAUCCAACUUCUUGGGAGAAUCCAAAUGAGUUCUUACCAGAGAGGUUCUUGGAUAGCCCAAUAGAUUUUAAAGGACAACACUUCGAAAUGUUGCCAUUCGGGGUAGGGCGAAGGGGUUGCCCUGGAGUGAACUUCGCCAUGCCACUUGUUGAGUUAACACUUGCAAACCUUCUGUUUCGUUUUGAUUGGGAGCUGCCUCGUGGACUUGGAAUAGAAGACUUGAAUAUGGAAGAAGCAAUUGGAAUAACCAUACACAAGAAAGCUCAUCUUUGGCUGAAAGCCACUCCCUUUCACGAGUAG